AUGGCCUCCCCGCCACAACCACAACAACAAUCACCAUUCCCCAGUGACUUCAGCAUCACAACCUCACGACUUCGCAUCAUCCCAUUUGACCCAAACAACCAAAGCCACUGCACAUUCCUGGUCUACCUUUACAACACAGAUCUUUUCAUAAAUGCAUGCGGUCGCACCCCAGUCAUCGACACCGCAAGCGCAUCAGAGUACAUCCGUAAUCGCAUCGUCGCAGACUACAUACGCCACAAACAUGGCAUUUUUCUCAUAUUGCUGCAAGACCAAGGAACAGACCCAUUCAUGUUCCCACCAAUACCCAUCGGCACCGUGUCGCUUAUGAAAGGCGCACCGCCGAACCGACAUUACUUGGCCCCUGAUGUCGGGUAUGCGAUCUUACCAGAGAUGAAUGGCAGGGGAUAUGCGACCGAAGCGGCUAAGGCGUUACUGGCGUGGGCGAGAGCGAGUCUCGGCAUUUCAGAUGUAUUUGGGUUUUGUGAUUCUACAAAUUUUCAUAGUCGGAGAGUUCUGGAGAAGGUUGGGUUGCGCUUGAGAGGAAUUGCAGCUUUAGAGGCGUUUGGGGGUGCGGAAAGUGCAGUUUAUGCUUUGCCUGGGAUGAGCGAGGAUCUAAGUGUUUACGAUCUGACGGAGAAACUUCAAUGA